AUGAACGAGAAGGUUGGGCAGAUCUCCUUUGACCUCCCACGUCAGGGGGACAUGGUGUUGGAGAAGCCUUACAGCGAGGCCACCGCCAGGCUCAUAGAUGAUGAAGUACGAAUCCUUAUCAACGAUGCUUACAAGAGGACAGUGGCCCUCCUCGCAGAGAAGAAAGCUGACGUGGAGAAGGUUGCUCUGCCGCUGUUAGAAAAAGAAGUAUUAGACAAGAACGACAUGGUGGAACUUCUGGGCCCCAGGCCAUUUGCGGAGAAGUCUACGUAUGAGGAGUUUGUGGAAGGUACCGGCAGCCUGGAUGAGGACACCUCGCCCCCCGAGGGCCUGAAGGACUGGAACAGGGAACGCGAGGGCUCGGAGGAGCCCGCAGGCGAGAAGGUGACCAGCCAGGUCCAGGGUGCCGGCCCUGCGUAG